AACAACGACAACUACUCCUAACAACGACCUGAGCAUCCUAUUGGCACAACACAGAUGGUGAUGGGCAAGAAGCUGAGCAAGGUUGACGGCGCGCGGUGCAGGCGGCACCGGCGGCAGGGGGAGCAAGGGGUGUGCCCGCUCUGCCUGCGGGAGCGCCUGUCUCGCCUCUCGCCCUCGGCGACGCUGCCGUCCGUCCUCGCGCGCGAGGCCUCCUCCUGCUGCUCGGACUCGGACUCGGAGUCGUCCACCGGCGCAUCGUCGGCGUCGUCGUCGGGGUCGGCGAGCCCCGGGUUCCACCGGGAGAUCAAGCGCGCCGCGAGGCCGUCGCUGCUGAUGCGGCACGAGCGGGUGGUGGCCGUGGACGGCGACGAGGUGGUGCUGGUGAUGAGAAGGAGGAGGGAGAGGCCGGCGACCAGCUUCUGGGCGAAGCUGCUGCGCGCGGCGACGGGGGGCAAGAAGGCCGUCGAUGGGUGCUCGCUCGCGCACUCCAGGACGACGAAGGCCGCCGAUGGGAGCAGCGCCGAUGCCACGAAGUGGAUCAUAUUCUAAGUUGUUUCGUCAAAUCUAGCUAGUUCUGUCUCUUGUGCGUGACCAUUUCUUGGUUUUGGUUUCGGUCCUUUGACUCUGGACAGCGAACCUUUACAGUUGAUUAGAUCCAUGAUCUGUACAUAAUUUCAAAAAAAUAACAUAACUUCUGUUAGGUUUGA